AUGGAGGUGACUCUCUCCGCAACAAUUACCUACCUGAUGGUCUUGAAGUUAGAACCCUGGGAUCAUUUCCACAUUCGAGAACAAGACGAAACAGGGGUCAUGAUAGGAGCAGCAGGCAGCAAGCUCCGGCUCUCCCUCGACGAGAUGAAAAGCUCCAUGUUUGGGUGCGCAUUUCUUCUCGAUCGUGGAGGAUACUUUUGGUGUAUCGUGUGUCAUACAUUGCGGCAUUGGAGAGAUCCCGAAUGGAAGCCACUCUCCGGAACUGAUGGCUUGCGGGUCGGUAGCAGAACUCAAAGAGGACUACUGUACCUAUGUCCUGUGUUAUCUGGUAACACGUCCACUUCGGUUCCAUUUUCUGUGCUGAAGAUGACGACACCUGGUCGAGUAAUGACUUGGCAAGCUGAGCAUCCGGACAGCGAGUAUACGCUACAGGUCAAGGCUGAGCUACUGUGCCAACUUUGCAAAGCAGCUUGGCUUGGAAAUUGGAAAAGAUGUCGGCGCCUGAUUCUCAGCUUCACUAUUGGUUGCUCACGGCUUUUGUUGAUUGUCGUAGUCAUGACCAAGGGACUGGCAAAUGCGAUUUGGGAACGGCUAUCCAGGGAUUCCUUUGAGCCUCUCGAGUGA